AUGGCUUUAUUCCGAGCUGAAAGGGUUAUACAGGUACCACAUGCAAAUGUAAAGAGACUGGCUUUCGUUAAUCAAAUCGACACUGCUAACCGCUACAUAGAAGACUCACCUCAAGACAAAGGGCAAUUUCUCAGACGCAAAAUGUCUUCGUCAUUAGAUGAUCCCCAGUCGCCUACUUUCACCGCAUUCCCACGUUUACCAAUCGAACUACGUUUCAAGGUCUGGGAGAACGCUUCAAUGACGACUCGGACAUUGGAGCUAAUAUAUAGCACGGGCAACCAAAGAUUUUGGACAUUCCAACCCGUGCCACCCGUGCUUCAUACUUGUCGAGAGGCCCGUCGAGCAGGGAACCGAAUAUACUCUCUCUCCUUUGGAUCUGCGAAAUCCCCACCUCGGACCUACUUCAAUCCAAUCUGCGAUAUCGUCUACUUUGGGCUGAGGCUAUAUGACAACGAGGUUGAUUUCAUGCUCAGAUUCUUCCGCAGACAUGCCGACUCUUUCGAAGACGAGGACCAGAUCCAGCGCCUUGCAUUGACUGAGCACCUGUGGCGGAUGGACCUAGAGGGUAGUGUCUUCUCCCCACCGGGGAGUGGUAGGACUGAAAAGAAGAUAGUUAAGUUCCAUCAGAGCUUUCCUCACCUAAAAGAGCUUAUAUUCGUGGCUGGGCAAGACGGGUGCGAGGAUGACGAGGAAGACGAGGAUGAAGACGAUGAAGUUGAAGGUCGCUGGGAAACAAAUGCCGGUGUAUCAUUAGUCAAACGCCAAACAGAUCUCGCUGCCGGGUUUCAGUUGACGCAGGAGGCUGUCAUGUCGACCUUCGAGUCUAGAAAGAAGGAGUUUCCAGACGAGGUGUUCCCCGAGAUCACGCUUAUGGAGUAUGGAGUAUGA